AUGACCUCCCGCGAACAGUUCGAGUCCGUGUUUCCCUCCUUGGUCGAGGAUCUCCUGGCCCACGCGAAGAAGUACAAUUUGCCCGAGAACGCUCUUCAAUGGUUUGAGAAGGCCAUCAAUGUCAACGUCCCCGGUGGAAAGCUCAACCGUGGUCUCUCCGUCCCCGACACCGGUUUGGCUCUCCUGCAGCAGCCUCUCAACGAUGAACAGUUCAAACACCUCAGCACUCUGGGCUGGCUCACCGAGCUGCUUCAGGCUUUCUUCCUGGUCAGCGAUGACAUGAUGGAUGGCUCCAUCACCCGUCGUGGUCAACCCUGCUGGUACCGCCACGACGGAGUGGGCAUGAUUGCCAUCAACGACGCCUUCAUGCUCGAGUCCGGAAUCUAUGUCAUCUUGAAGAAGCACUUCCGCUCUCACCCCGCCUACGUCGAUCUCCUCGAGUUGUUCCACGAGAUCACCUGGCAGACCGAAUUGGGCCAGCUGUGCGACCUGAUCACCGCCCCCGAAGACCAGGUCAACCUCGACAACUUCUCCCUGGAAAAGUAUAUGUUCAUUGUCACCUAUAAAACCGCGUACUACAGCUUCUACCUCCCCGUUGCUCUGGCCCUCCACUACCUUCAGCUCGCGACCCCCGGCAACCUCCAGCAGGCCCACGACAUCCUCAUCCCCUUGGGCCAGUACUUCCAGGUGCAGGAUGACUACCUCGAUGCCUAUGGUGACCCGGCCUUCAUUGGCAAGAUCGGAACCGAUAUCCAGGACAACAAGUGCUCGUGGAUGAUCAACCAGACCCUUCAGCGCUGCAACCCUGAGCAGCGCAAGAUGCUCGACUCUGCUUACGGCCGCAAGGACGCUGAGCAGGAGGCCAAGGUCAAGGCUCUCUACAAAGAGCUCGACAUUGAGAAUGUCUACAAGGAGUACGAGGAGAAGACUGUCGGGGAGAUCCGCGCCAAGAUUGCUGCCAUUGACGAGUCCUCGGGUCUGAAGAAGGAGGUCUUCGAGUCGUUCUUGGGCAAGAUCUACAAGCGCAGCAAGUAA